GCCCAUCUAGCAACAGCGCAUGCGCGGACAGAACAGCAACAACGCACCCAGGGUACUACGCAGCAAACUAACUCUUUUGAGGAUUCUGAGGAAUGGCGGUGAAUGUGCACUCCACUUCUAUGACCAUAGAGAACAUGAGUAGACAUGACAUGCUCGCUUGGGUCAACGAUUCUCUGCAGCUCAACUACACUAAAAUAGAGCAGCUCGGUUCAGGUGCAGCAUAUUGCCAUUUUAUGGACAUGCUGUUCCCAGGCUGUAUUCCUCUGAAGAAAGUGAAGUUUCAGGCCAAACUGGAGCAUGAGUACAUCAAUAAUUUCAAGGUGCUACAAGGGGCCUUCAAGAGAAUGAAAGUAGACAAGAUCAUCCCGGUUGAAAAGCUGGUGAAAGGUAAGUUCCAGGAUAACUUUGAGUUUCUUCAGUGGUUUAAGAAAUUCUUUGACGCAAACUACGACGGGAAAGAGUACGACCCUCACGCAGCACGACAAGGCCAUGAAGUCUCGCCUACACCCAAACCAGGUAAAAUCAUUCACACGCAGAACAAGUGCUUGAUUGGUGUAGGACCACAGAGGACUUCACCAACAGUGCCCAAAACCGUGCCAACUCCUCAGCGGCCAAUCAGCUCUGUCCCGACAAAUAUUAAACGGAGCAUACCUGUGUUACGGAACGGAGGAAGUGAGGCAGAGCUUAUGGAACUCAACCAGCAGCUGAUGGACCUGAAGGUGACCGUGGAUGGCCUGGAGAAGGAGAGAGACUUUUACUUUGGCAAACUGCGUGAUAUCGAGCUCAUCUGCCAGGAGCAUGAGAGUGAAAACAACCCAGUCCUCGCGAAGGUUUUCGACGUCCUCUAUGCUACUGAGGCUGGUUUUGCUCCUCCAGAGGAUGAUGAAAUUGCUGAACAGCCACAAGACCCAGACGAGUACUAAACUCUUUAAAAACGUAUGCAUUCCCACAUCCCUACAUCUCCCAUUCCACUUCUCAUGAUCUCGAUUUCUUUCCUUUCAUUUACUCAUUUACAUCACAGCCUUUAACACGUGAGUGCAGAGUAUUGAUUGGGUAGCUAACAUAGUUUUUGCUGAUGUUAAUUGGUUUUAAAUACCAUUUGUACUUAAUGGUAGAGUUCAGUUUUAAUCCUUGCUAUACCAUUGUCCAUGGAUUUUUCUUUUGAGUCUAAAAUGGUAUUCGUUUUAUAGUAUAUAGAGUAUUCUAGAGCAUUGCUACUCGAAACUGGAGUAUAGAGAAUUGCUACUCAUAAUGCCAUGACUUACUAACACGUACAUCUUAAACAUUUAUUAAUAGCAUGUCUGAAACCUUUCAAUCAGAAUGCUAGGAGAAAAUUUUACAAACUGUACCAAUGCAAACAGUUUAAUAGACAGCAGGUCACCGCUUCAUGAAACUAUGAAAUAGAUGUAUACCACACGUGCAACCACAUGCACACACAACAUAACCUUCCUCUGCACUUUCUACUGUACCUGGCUGUUUUAAAGCAUUUCAUAAAUAUAUGCUGAGAUUUUUUUUUUUUUUUUUUUUAAAGGUUGCUUCACCUGAUAGCAAAAUGUCCAAAUGGUUUGCAUUUUGCAUUCAUGAUUUUAAAUUCUUUUGGGGUUUUGAGAGGAUGUUUCUACUAUAGAGAAACUAAUUUAUAUGUUUGGGGAAAAAAAAAAAAAAGAAUAACGAGUGAUCAGAGAGACCCUGUGAAUUUUACAGCUGUGUGAACAAGCCUGGAUUCCAGCUGCAUUUCAUCCCAUACCUUCUCGAACGAAACGAGUUCAGCAUCGCGGCAUGUGAGCAAUGACACUACUAAACUGAGAUGAGUGCAUGUAGAAUUAAAAACAGGACGCUGAAAAUUCAAGUCCACGUAAAUGUAUUUUGGUAAUCUGGAAAAAUUAAAGCUAUGUUCUCUCUGAUUAUUGAGCUCGAGCUUAGUGUGUGCACUUUGGAGCUGUAAUUUGAGCUCGAAGCUGAAUUUUGAGAUAUAUAUGUAUAUUUAUUUAUUAAAGAUACAAUGAGACGCUAAAACCAGUUCGUAGCAACAACCUGGGUUUCAUUUUAAAAACAAAAUGAACAUUGGAGUAAAAACAUGACAACAUUGGUGGUGGAUAUUUGUUGCUGACUUUAGUGACUAAAUUAUAAAACUGACUUUUUAGCUACUAUGUCAGUGUUUGUUUAUUUUUUUUUUUUAUUCUUCAUGUUUCACAUGCAUUAAUGCCAUAAAGGUUGAUUUUGAUUGACAGGAUCUGUCUGUAACUUGUUAGUUUUGUCCUUCAUUUAUUUGAGUUUUACUAUGUAAAAUAAAGUGUAUUCUGGCAACGAAAGUGUUUUUCUUUGCAUUUAAGCACGGUUUAUGUCUCGCCGACAUAUCCUAUACUAUGUUUUCAGCUCAAUAUAGUUGAUUUUGAAACUGAACACAAACAAUCAGCUUAAUUGUGAACUUUGUAUGAUCUCUGGCCACCUAGGAUAGAUUUUUGACUGACGUGUUAGAAAGCCCUUUCCACCACCAUCAUCAAAACGCCGAUUGAGCAAAUAUCUUUUUGGAAGAAUGGGCCGUCCAGUACAUUUCCAAAGACUUGUAUACUUGAUGCCAAAGCACACUGAAGCUGUUCUGGUGGUUAGGGGUGGCCCAAAACCCUUACAAAGACUUUUGUUGAUUUUUUCCUUUAGUUUGUCACUUGCCACAUGUGUACGUUUACCUGUGUACCGAAUAAAGUCCCACUUUCAAAAUCA